AUUUGCGUCCCCCAAUUUGGAUAUGCUCACAGCCGUGGACGUUAGAGUCUCACAGGGAAUGGCUGACAGCUAUUCAGAUAGUCCCUCGGAAGAGGGUGGUGCCGGGAUGACCGCUGGGGAUGAAGACAGGCAGGGUCGGCGCGGUGGCCAACGCUCGGCAAAGGAUUUUGAAGUUCAGCCUACUCCAGAAGAGAGAAGGAGAGUACGGGCAGUGUAUCGGGAAUUGAUUGCACAUACGGAGGGCAAGCGGAAUGAACUGGAAUCUGAGCAACUUGUGAGAACCAUUCAAAAGGCCAAUGAGCUCUUUCAACAAGUCUAUACAACACAGGAAGCGACUCUGGAUUCGAGGCUGCUGGUUACAGCUGCCGAAUUGGGUGUACAGAAAGCACAGCGGAUGCGGCUCGAUGGCGGGAGCUUUAAUGUGGAUGAUUGGAUUGGAAAGCUGGUGGCCACAAUGAGUACGGAGAGACAACUGGAGGAAGAGGACGAGGAAUAUGCAGAGAGUCCUGAAGUUCAUCUGGAUUGGUACGCUUUGGGACAAGCGGCAACGAGAGCACUGCUGAAAGCUCCCACAAUCGAUUUUAUGUUAGGCCCGCUUGCGGUAGAACCAAAGAUUCGUAACCAACCACGCAAAGUUGCGAAGUUGGUGAAGAACAAGGAAGACCUACAAAGACCCCAGCAGCUCAAGGAGAGUGAUUUCGACAAGCAAGAAAAUGAAACAACCACUCUCGUAUUCCAAAUAGCGAAGCGCUUACAUGAGGUCGGCAAUAUCAACUUCUUUACAUUUAUCGUAAAUCCAGAAUCCUUUGGUCAAACGGUGGAGAACCUAUUUUACUUGAGCUUCUUGAUACGAGAUGGGAAGGUACAGCUGAAUGAAGAUGAGGAAGGAGAACUGAUAUUGGAACCGGCAGCGCCGCCACGACCCGAAGACUAUGAAGACAAUGAAAUAAAGCGCUAUCAGGCAGUGGUGGAUAUUGACAUGGCCACUUGGAGGGCGCUUAUUGAUGCAUACAAUAUACGACAAUCUUGCAUACCAACGCGCCCACCAUCCACAAUGACAGCGUCUGGUGGGCGAUGGUAUGGAUGAGCACCCACAAUAGAUCUCCGGUGCACCAUGCUGACAAGCCCGGCAUUUUACAUCUUUUUGCCCAAAGAUCAGUAAAGUUCUUGUCUUUCUGCCAAAGUAAUUGUAAGGUUUUAGCACAAAGUUUC